CCCACCGGCAACGAGACGUGUGCUACACCGGAUGUGUCCAACCGCUUUAGCCGAGCUGUCACAGCGGGAGGAUGAGCCACCAGAGAUGUAGCACCUUACCACUGAAGCUAGGAACAAGGAAGGGGAUUAUAAGAUGCAUCUAUGUGGUGGGUUUCAUGGACUUGUUUGGGGUGAGCAUGAUCAUCCCACUACUCAGCCAUCAUGUGAAGGCACUCGGAGCCAGCCCCACUGUGGCCGGUAUCGUGGGGUCUACAUACGGGAUCCUACAGCUUUUCUCAAGCACAGUAGUUGGCAGCUGGAGCGACGUGGUGGGGCGGCGGUACUCUCUUCUGACGUGCCUGCUGCUGAGCGCUCUGGGCUACAGCCUCCUGGGAACGUCCACGAGCAUCACUCUGUUUGUCCUCGCUCGGGUUCCCGUGGGGCUUUUCAAGCACUCCCUGUCCAUCUGCAGAGCCCUGCUGUCCGACCUGGUGUCAGAACCUGAGCGCCCACUGGUGAUGGGACACUUUAACGCCGCCUCCAGCGUUGGUUUCAUCCUCGGUCCGGUGGUGGGAGGCUAUCUCACUGAGCAUGAAGGAGGCUUCUACACUUCCUCUUUCGCUUGUGCUGCCAUCUUUAUUGUUAAUGCUGGGCUGGUUUUCAUGCUGCCAUGGAGCAAGACGCUAGCAGAUCUUAGCGAGGCUAACUGCAGUAACAACUCCAGUAAAUGCUGUCACGACCAAAACUACAACAAGUCGGUGCAGAACGGUUCUCACACUAAAAGUCAACCGGUGGUGUUGACAGCAGAUACUGAAGCAUCAUCCAGAUCCUCCUGGAAGCAUCAUCCCAGGUGGAGGCGGGUGUCCCUGCUCCAGCCUGCCUGGAGGCAGCUCUCCUCAGUGAGCUCCAGGAUCCACAUGGUGGCCUUUUCUGACAUGUGGGACUUGUUUCUUGUGCGCCUCCUGAUGGCUGUGGCCAUCAUGCUCUACUACAGUAACUUCUCUCUGGCCAUGGAGGAGCGUUUCUCUCUCAAACCCAAAGUGACUGGUUACCUGAUUAGCUACAGUAGCACCUUAGGGGCCCUCUCUGGGUUCCUGGUGGGGCCCGUUACCCAGCUCUACAGGAGCAACAUGCCCGCUCUGCUUCUACAUUCCACAGUGCUCACCUGUUUGCUUAUUUUCCUCUACUCCACCGCGCCGAGCGUAUGGCAGGUGGUGCUCACCUCCACCUUCUUCGCCAUUUCCACCACGAUCGGUCGGACGUGUAUCACAGACCUGGAGCUGCAGAGGGGCGGGGUCCAGGCCAGCGGGACUCUGAUCGGAGCCGGGCAGUCGGUCACAGCUGUGGGUCGAGUUCUGGCCCCUCUACUUUCUGGUCUGGCCCAGGAGUUCAGCCCGUGUGGUCCUCCCAGUCUGGGAGUCGUUCUCGCUCUGGCAGCUGUGGGUUUGCUUCUCAUCAGAAUCCCUAAAUGGGACCAAAGACUGACAAAAAAAAACCUCUGAAACUGUCAGCAGCCGAGUGGACUUGUAGUUGUUCAGAGAAGUGCUCUUACUCUUUAGCUGUGAUGGACAGCCGCAACAAAACCACAGGCCUUCUCAGGGACAGAGGAGGGGAAACGGCCAUCAGCAGGACAGUCCUUCCAAGAUUGUCACGCUUCUAGAUAUGCUGAAGGAACGACAGGACAGAAAAACAUGUCUUUGCUCAGAAUUCACUUCUGUAACCACUACAUCUUUAAAAAAUCCACAAGGGUUUUAGCAGCCAUUAACUGUAAACCUAUAGAGCUACUGAUUCAUAAAAAAACUGUAAGAAAAUACCAAUAAUUACCUUCUAGACUGGAAAUGUUGGAUGAUCUGGAUGCAUGACAACAGUUUAAAUUUAGGCUUUAAUUUUGCACUUUCAGUUCAUUUUUUCCUCUAAUUCAAAUGAAAAAGUUUCUGCUGUGGUAUUUGGGGAAAAUCUUGCUUCUGAUUGUUAGGCAACUGAGAAAUGUUCAAAUGUAAACAGAAAAAUGUUUUGUAGGUUUGUUUUUUGAUUCAAUUGUUUUUGAGCACUAAUAAAGCAUGGAAA